UUGUAAUUUAAUCUCAGAAAAUCGGGUUACUGAUUCCUCAAUCCUGCGCCUACACAAUCCAAACAACCCAACACUCCCAGACGCCGUCUCCAUCUCCGGCCACACCAGACGCCGACAACUCCAUUAAGGUACAUUGGGAAUUCAACAAUUCCAAGAUUGCAAAUUGGAGACUAAUCUGCUCUCUGAUUAUGAGAAUUAUUAAAAAAUGGGAGAGAAGAAAAAAAGUGCUACGAUUUUCAUACGCCUAGUUUCUGCUGCAGGGACAGGUUUCUUCUAUGUUAAGAAGAAGAACCCAAGGAAGAUACAGACAAAGCUUGAAUUCCGAAAGUAUGAUCCUCGUGUCAAUCGCCAUGUCCUCUUCACUGAAGCCAAGAUGAAGUAAUUAAAAGCUUUAGUAGAUGGUAACUUUCAGAAAACACCCUUCCCUUUUCAUAUCCCAUCUUACUACUAUUGGGACUUCUUUUCCAUUCCAUAACAACAAGUAUGCUUUGCAUGUGUCUUCUUUAUGUUUCCUGUAACACUCUUGAGUACUUUAAUCUGAUAGAAAUUUGUUCUAUUGAUUCA